AGGUAUUUAAUAGGAGUAAUGUUGCAACAAUUUUAGGAUCCACAUUGAUGAUUUAUUCCAAAUGCAAAUUAUUUACAAGAGAAUGAACAAUGUCUACAUUAAAUUACCCUUCCACUGAGGAAACUACAAACGAAAAUAGGGCCUGUCGGCUUCUCUUGGGACCUUGCACGGAUAGUCUUCGUGACGUAUUACGUCAUCAUGUUCCACCAUCUUUGUUUUCGCACGUCAUUCAUCAACAUAGUCUAAAACUGCCACGUUUAACUGCUACACAACGAAGUCUGAUUUUGCCUCAAAAAGGCAGUUAUGUCGGAAAUUACGAUGAUAUGGACAUCUCUUUGCUUUACAUAUUACUUAGAAAUAUCUGCAACAUACCUGCUCAUUCCAAAGGUUGGAGUAAUGAUCCCAACUCAUCUGAUACAUCGGUCUCGGCCAACAUUGAAAGAAUUCGUUUUGCAAGAAAUGAAAGAGGACACUCGUCCAGUUCUUCACUCCCAAAUUCCGAAUUCAAUAUGUUUUGGAACAAAGUGAGAUCAGCAGUGGUGGGAAUUGAUUCUUUUCUUAACAAUGGAAAUCAUUUUGCAAAUCAAGUUGAUUUGCUGCGUUCUGAGACAAUGGAUCCUGUUAGUGACAAACAUUAUAAAGAGAAGCUCAAGCAACAGGCCGAAGAGGACCGAGAAACGAGGACAAGGGUAAUUGAUCUGGAAAAAAGAUUUGAGAAAAGUAAACUUGUACUACAAUAUCAUGAUGAACAUCUCAAACAACAGGCCGAAGAGGACCUAGAAACAAGGACGAGGGUACUUGAUCUGGAAAGACGAUUUGAGAAAAGUGAGCGUGUACAACAAUAUCAUGAUGAAUAUCUCAAACAACAGGCCAACGAGAAUAAAGAAACAAGAAAAAUGGUUGAUGAUUUUAAAAUUUCAGGCCCAGACUUACAAUUUAAAAUUGACACAACCAGAAAGAUGCUGAACGAAUUUGAAAAGGAAAUCCGUUCUCUUUUUGUCAAGACGCGAGCAAGUGAAAAAGUAAUGGAGGUACUUGAAGGAAACAGAUGUGUUUUUCUUAUUGGAAACCCGGGAGAUGGAAAAACAACUCUAGCUAAACACAUUCUAGUAAGUCUACAGAAAAGGGGAAUGAUGCCUAUUCAGAUAUUAUCUUUCAAGAAUUUUUAUGAAAAAAUGCCGGGGUGUUCAAAAAUGGUAAUAUUUCUUGAUGAUGUGUUCGGAGUAAGGUGUCUGUCAAAGAAAGAACUCCACUACUUUACAGUUCAAAGAGAUCUCAUACAGGGUUAUCUCUCUAAUGAUGACAAAAGAAGUGGUAACAUGUUGAUAGCAACAUUAAGGAAUGAUAUUUUUAGAGAAUGUGAAAACACAAUUACAAACAGUGAGUUCUUCAAAAGCUCCCUCUUUAAUAUGUCUGGGACAGAUUUUAAAAUAAAUAGAGAUGAAUUUGCAAAUUUUGUAUCAACCUACGCUUUGCAAGAUAUUAUUCUGUCCGUUGAUGAAAUUUUAGAGAAAAAGAGCCUUGGUUAUUCAAUUGGAAUUCCCCUAUGUAUGAAAAUAUUAAAGAACAUUGUCAAAAACAAAGUCAAUAUAGCUGACAUUUUUGAACACCCUAUGAAAUAUUUACAAGAAGAUAUCGAAAUAAGAAUUAAGGAGAAGGAACACAAAACCGCUGUUUUGAUUUACAUUCUUCUUUGCGGAGGGAGCAUAGAGACUGGAAUCUUGACAAACCCGUAUAAAGACAGGAAACGAAAAUCAAAGGCUUUACAGAUGAUGGAAUUAGAAGGAACGAAAUCCUCAAUGAUAAGAUUUCACAAUUCCAUAAAAUUUUAUGAAGGAUCAUACAUUGAAUUUGAUGAUGUAGAGGACGUUUACAAAUUUACACACAGUUCCGUAAAAGAAAGUAUUUUUCUAUACAUGAGUCAAUAUUAUCUUGAAGAUAUUAUUAGCGAUUGUGAACCCUCGCUGUUGUUACCUCUAUACACUAGUAAGAAUUGCACCAAUGCAAUUUUAAUCGACACCAGUUUGUUCACAGAUCUCAUAGAUAGAAUCAAUAAGAUUUUAAAAGGAAAAAAGGCUUCCGAAUAUAAGUCAGUUUCUUUAAUGUCAAUUUGGAAUGAUGAAGACUUUAGAAAGGAUAUCAUGCAAAAUGAAGAAUGGAAACAGAAAUUGGUAGACAGCAUUGAUGAGAAAGAAGAUUCAAUGUUAGUGCAUUUUUCAGGAGCUGGAAACUUUAAUUGCGUGAAACAUCUGUUAUCAUUUUCUACAGAAAAACAAAGAUAUAAAUCACUUAACAGGGCCUGCACUUAUAAUCAUAUAGAUAUUGUGGAUCUUAUUUUAGAAACAAAUGUUAAAUACAAUCUCAAAACGUGUUUCCAUGCAGUGCAAAGCGGAAAUAUUAAAAUGCUUUUCCGUUUUACUGACAAAGUAGAUCUCAAACAUAUAUCAUUUUCACAUAAUUCACAGUUGUGCAAUUUGAGAGGGGGUUUGCUUCAAGAAAUCUGCUUAUCCGGACAAAAUCACCUUUUGGAACCUGUGCUUGAACGCUACCCUUCACUGAUAAAUGUACUAAAUGAAAAAGGUGGGAACGUCCUUCAUUUUGUUGCAUAUGCAGGACAAAUAGAUAUCUUUGCAAAAUUAAUAAAAAGGGGAUCUGAUCCAUACUCUAGAGAUUAUGAUGGUUUCACUAUACUUCAUUAUGCUUGCUUGAAUGGUAAGUUAGAUAUGGUAACAUACAUCAGUGAGACCUAUCCUAAGUUAUUGACAAAGGGUUUUGAUAACUAUUAUGGGUGGCCUUCUCUCCGCUUCGCAGCACUAUCGGGAAAUAUUGAGUUAUAUGAAUACCUUGUAGAAAAAGAUCUAGAUGUUAAAAGAAAAGAACAAAAUGUUAAAUCAGUUCUACAUCAGUGCUGUAGGAAUGGUAAGUUAGAAAUGUGUAAGUACCUGGUCAACAAACACCCUGAAAUACUAGAAAUCAGUGACGAUGAUAGGUCAACUGUGUUACAUGACGCAGCCUGGGGAGGAAAUGUUGAUGUCUUCAAUUUUCUAAUAGACAAAGGAUUAGAUGUUAAAAGUACAGCACAAAAUGGAAAAACUGUCUUACACCAGUGCUGUAGGAAUGGUAAGUUAGAAAUGUGUAAGUACUUGGUCAACAAACACCCUGAACUUCUAGAAAUCAGUGACAAUGAUAGGUCAACUGUGUUACAUGACGCAGCCUGGGGAGGAAAUGUUGAUGUCUUCAAUUUUCUAAUAGACAAAGGAUUAGAUGUUAAAA